AUGCAAUCAAAUCCAGAAUUCAAGCAAAUACAAGCUCUACUCCAUCACUCUCAGCAACUUAGUACUUUCAAUAUUACUUUUGCCUAUAUUGCCAAAGCCUAUGUUGCCUAAAAAUUGCAUGCACUCUACAAAAAAACCCAGCAAUAAAGCUACUUACAGAUGCUCUAAUAAUUAAUAACUGAGUUGGAAGGUUUAAAGGCACAGAAUCCCUAGUUGUAGAAUAAAGAAGAGAAUAAAAAACAUUAUACAGAGUUUGUUUACAAGUUCUUUUAUGAUGCAGAUACCAGAGAAAGGGAUGGAGAAGUUUCAUAAGAACUCCUCCAUAUGUUUGGAUCAGUCCAAAAGUCCAUUGAAGUACUCCAAUACUUCGAACCAUUGACUUAAGAUCAAUAAGAAAAGCUUAAGUAUGCAAAAUUCAAGAUGGUUGAAUAACAUAAAAAAAUCAAGGAUCCUUCCUUGAUCAAACCAAAACCCAAAGAUCCAAUUGAAGAGGAGCUUGAAUAAAUUGCACAAUAAUAAAUUUAAAUGUCACAGCAUCAAUCGUAGAAUUAAGUUCAAUAAUAAUAAUAAUAAUAAUAAUAAUAAUAAUAAGAUAAAUCAGCAAUUAUUUAACAACCAAUCUAACCUGUAGCACCUUAAAGUUAAAAUCCCUAACCUUUACCAUAAUAACAAUAGUAAUAAUAACAAUAGUAACAAUAUAAUAAUAGUAAUAAUAAUUACUAUAAUAGUAAUAAUAAUAGUAGUAAUAAUAAUAAUAAAACUAAUAACACCAAUAUUAAUAAUAAUAACAAUAACCUUAACAACAAACAUAAAUUUAAUAAGGAAAGGCAGAAACUAUUAAAUUAACAUCAAUUGAAUAAGUUUAAACAAGAAACUAAGCUAAAACUGUUUUGCAAUAAGCUAUAUCUGAAAUAGAUUUUAAAAAAUAUUAAAAUGCUAAAGAUUAGAUUCAAAAAACCAUUGGAAUGA